CUCAAAACUCCACAAACAUGGCGUCGAAGAGUGAGGGUGGAGGAAAAGACGAUAUAAAUUUUAUUAAAGACAAAUUUACCACAAGGGAAGGAACUUACAUACUAGCGCAUUGGUCCGAAUAUACUAAACCCACCCGCCUUCAAACCAGUGGAUCAACAAACACGCCCGUGAGGGCUUCGUUCAUUAAUGUUAGCGGUGAUCCGUCGCCCGAAAGAAUAUGUUUUAACAUUGGGAAAGAGUUAUACGUCUACGUUUACAAAGGCGUCAAAAAGGCUGCAGAUCUUACAAAACCUGUUGACAGAAGAGUAUACAAGGCAACAUUGCCCACCUGUCAUGACUUCAAUAAAAUUUGGGUGAGCAAGGAGUCUCUCCGUUUGUUGGUGGGCUUCAGCCAUGGACAGAUACAAGUGACCGACCCAAUGAGAAAGGAGAUUAGCAGUGACCCAUUGAAAAGAGAGCUGAACAAAUUUUUCAAUGAAGAGAAACUGAUAGACAAAUCCAAGGUAACCUGUAUCAAAUGGAUUCCAGGCCAACCUGAUCACUUCCUAGUGUCCUAUGCCAGCGGACAGUUGUAUGUGUACAACGACGAACUCCCUUGUGGACCAACCCCACCCACGUACCAGCCAUUCAAACAAGGAGAUGGAUACUCCAUACACACUUGUAAAACAAAAAGUACCCGCAACCCACUCUACAGAUGGGUGAUUGGACAAGGUGCAAUAAACGAAUUUGCAUUCUCCCCAUGUGCUAGGUAUUUAGCAGUUGUUAGUCAAGAUGGAUUCCUCAGAGUUUUUCAUUAUGACUCGAUGGAACUGGUAGGAUCAAUGAGGAGUUAUUUUGGGGGGUUGCUUUGUGUGUGCUGGUCACCCGAUUCCAAGUUUCUUGUGUGUGGUGGGGAAGAUGACUUAGUUACUGUUUAUUCUUUUAAUGAAAAAAGAGUUGUAUGUAGAGGUCAAGGGCAUAGGUCAUGGGUCAGUGUUGUGGCCUUUGACCCAUAUACCUCAGUUUUCAGUAGUGACAACAGUGAGUUGCGCAACGGUACCAAAGUACAGGAUGUGCAAGCAACUGUUGCCAAUGGCAACCAAUCUAAUCACCAGAAACCCCCAGCUGACCUUUCUCAGACUUCUCUACAGAGCUCAGGGUCGUGUGUAACCACGUACCGGUUUGGAUCUGUGGGACAGGACACAUUUUUGUGUUUGUGGGAUUUAACAGAAGAUGUGAUACAACAACCAAUAAAUACCCGAACCAGGACCAGUAUACUAUUAUCCAAUCCAAACUCAGUGUCGGCAACCUUACCUCGAUGUAACAAUGUCCAAAAAACAAACUCCUUAUUGAGUAGCAAUGACAUUUCUGGUGAUGGAAAUGCACACCCAGUCGGGAAUUCUGUGAUGGGUAAUUCAACACACCAUUUUGCUACCCUUUCCUUAGGAGAAAGAAAGGAAAUUACGGAAAAGAAAGAACACAAAAGAAAUUUUAGCUUAUCUAGUAAAUCUAGUGAGAAAAACAAUAUGCUAAAAUCAAAUCAUGUGAAACAUAUAGACGAAUCCAUUAAAGUGUUAGGAACAUGCUCAUGUCCACGUUUAGAUGAAGUACCACUUCUAGAACCCGUAGUCUGUGAGAAAAUCUCUAGUGAACGAUUAACAGAAUUAGUGUUCCGAGAAGAUUGCAUCGUAACGGCCUGCCAGGAAGGAAUCGUGAAUACCUGGGCCCGUCCUGGAAGAGUGGCCCUGACACAGCAUAGAGCCUUUAAUCCACAGACACCAACUGGAGGUACUAUUGUUUAAUUCUAAACUUACCCAGUACAAUGAGGACAUUAUGAUGACCCCGCUGUGACCCUGCUACAUCAUUAUCCAAUUCCUGCUGUGCCCUUAAAGGGCAGAAACCAGUCCAAAGAACCAGUCUAAUCCUCCUGAUGGUCACAUGACUUCCUUGCACAUAUCAAGACCCCAGUCACCAUCAAUUCUGAUGCUUCCAGUCAUCACCAUUGUAACACUUGCAUCAAGACCAUUUUCCAGACCAUUUCAUAUAGCUUUUUUUUAAAAACCUUUGUUUUGCAGAAUUUCUAUUGCUGUCAAUUGUCAGUGUAUAAUUGUGUGAAGCUUUUGUGUUUUGAAACAAUUAGACUAAAAGGUUUUAUAGAAGAUCCAUGUAUGUAAACAUGGACAUUUUUCAGCAGAUCUGAUGUUUGUUAAUUGCAGUUAAGUUUAGUGUUCUCUUCUGCACUGUCGCAUUAAAUGAUUAUAUUUCUUUUCUAUAAUUCAUUCCUGUAACAAAUUGCCCCUCAUGUCAUUGAGAGCCUCUUCCCCCAAAAGGAGUUCAAACUUAUACACAAGUUUCUUGCAUAAUUUGUUAUUGACACUGUUUGAUUGCUGCAAUGAAAUCAGAGAAGUACCGGCCCAAUUUGUGAAAGAGUCUUUGUUAAUAUUUAUUUUUUGUCAAAUCUUAAGAAGCCUGUUUUUAUAUUUAGAGAUAAUACGUCACAACAUGAAUAACCCCUAAUUUCUGUAAGAGCAUUUUGACAUGUUCAUUUGUUAAACCUUGGUUAAGAAAAUUACAAACAUGUUUAUAAAUCAAAUCAAAUGUGUAUAUAGAAUACACAUACAUUUCAUUGCACGACUUGUGAAAAAAAAAAUCCAUCAUGAACAAAUAUUUUUAAAGUUUGAUUUAAUACAGCUGGUUUGACCUUUACUGUAAGGCCCAACUUGUGCCUUUGAACUAAAUGUACAUUUAUAUUAUUUAAAUUUUUUAGGAAUUUCCUUUGGUUCUUCUUAUUGGUACAUGAUUAUUUUUAAAGCACUUAAAAUAUAUAUAGAGGUUUAAAAUGAAACAGGGUAGCUUUAGUACUAUUUGAUUGAGCAGAUUCUUCAUAAAAUGAAAAAAAAUUGAAUAUAAGUUGUUUGGGUACUAGUAGUCCGAUAUCAACAAGAGGCUUUAGAAUGUAUGGGUAUAGUUGUAUUUUAAUCAGAGUUUUAUAUUUUUAGUGCUUAAACAUGUACACAAAUAUUUAUCAGUCAACUAUACUCCAGAUUGUAUCAGAAAAAUAGCAGAAAUCCCACUUGUCAUCCUUUAGUGCAAUAUGUUAUAUACACUACAAGAAAACUCUUGAGAUGGACUGUAAAUGUUCCUAGUAAUAUCAAUGAAUGGCAUCUGGACAAAUUGUGUAUCAAUUGGAGUCCUAGAGCAGCAGAACUUGGAAAUUCCUGAACGUGAAUUGCUGGAUGAAGUAUUUGAACUUAUGCAAGAUUAAUAGAUAAUCAAGUUCUCUGAGUGUCUCGAGUUAAAAGCAACGAGUUAUCAGAUAAACAUGUUUCACAGCUUUUAAUCAUUUUCAGGAUCAGAGAAGUCAAUGGUGUGAACGUUGAUCUUUUAAUGAAUUUUAGUGUCAUGUUUAUUUGUUGUAUCUGAAACGUCGACUGUGAUAGCCAUUGUGUAUAUAUAUAUAUAUAUAUAUAUAUAUGAAUAUAUAUAUUAAAAAGGGCCAUAUUGAUAAAAGUGCUUGUUUGUGAUUCAGUAUGGUUCAGUAUUUUUAUUCUUUUUAUAUCAUAUUGAAUAUAAAUUAUUAACUAUGAAGUUCAUAUGCAUAAUUAUUUGAAGACUUUAUAUCAGUUUUCAAGUUUCAUCUUAUUUUGGAAAAAGACGGUCAUAAUUUUUUAAUAUUUCCAAAAACAAUUGUGAUUGGUUCAUGUAUAACUUAAGUGAAAACCCUUCGAUUAAAACUUUGUGUGCAUUUUUCAUAAAUUAAUGUUUAAUGAGGACAAUCCAAAUUUCUUGUAUUUUUCUCUCUGUUUACCAUCCAGUCUUGUACCACUGAAUACCGGUACUGAUUGUGUUUGAAUCAACUCUGCUUCUCUGACAUUGUCAGUCUUUAUUUUUCUAUGAGAAAUAUGCAUGUCCUACAUGGCCUGCAGAGUUAUUCUUUUUGUUUACAAGGGCUUACCCUUACAACUCCCUGCUUAUCCGUGGGGCAUUUCUGUAAUUCUGAUAAAUGGUCUUUCAGAUUUGUUAAUAUUUAGUCACUUAUUCUUUUCAACAAAUUAAAAAAUUUAUAUCAAUGUU